AUGUCAGUUGAACGUAUCUGGUUCAGAGUUUCCGGCACAGUGCAAGGUGUCGGCUUCCGAGAUUUCACGCAGAAAGCUGCAGUCAGACAGAAUUUGAAGGGAUGGUGCCGGAACACUACCUGCGGAAGGGUCGAGGGCGAGGUUCAAGGUGACCAAGAAGCUCUGAAGAAAUUCUUGCAGGAAAUUGACAAAGGACCGCGAAUGUCUCACGUGGUCAAGGUCGAGAAGAGGGAGGUUGAUUCCCAUGAGCGUGAGGACUCUUUCGUGGUACUGAGAACGGGCGAAUCUGUGUUCCAACCGGAGUCCUGA